GAGUAACUGUUUUCUGCCCAAGUGAACCUUUCGCAAGUCCCACUGCCACGAUAAAGCUCUGUCCACGGUGCACGUACAUCCAACCACCAGUUCCAAAAGUUACGCGGAGUCGAUUCAACGUAGUGUAAAAGCACUCACUCACUCACUCACUCUCUCUCCCCCCCCCUCCUCCUAUUCGAUUACGAAUCUCUUUCGCUGCUCGUUUGGUGCUGUCUGCUGUCAGCUUUAGAUAUAUAAACGUAUAUAUCCGACUGCUCUUUGCAUUCUUUGCUUGCAAAGCGAAAGACCCGAGAAGCGAGCCCCUUUCUUUCUUUCAUUCCUUUCUCCCGCCUUUUUCCCUUCACUUUUAUUUCUUCUUUCUUUUGCUUUGCUUUUUUCCUUCUGUGCUUAUUUACAUCAACAGCGAAUUCGUUAUACUGUCUUCUCCUCUCCUUUUUAUAUCGCUAUUUGUGAAAUAUAUAUUUCUUCCUCUUUUGCUUAUUACUGUUACUAUUAUUAUUAUUAUUAUUUCCUGUUCGCUGGAGAAUUGCGGCCACGCGUUUUGGGUCCGAAUUCAAGUCUUUUGCACUUCUUGCGUCUCACUGCUGCUUUACGCGAGAAUUCAAAAAUUGCUUUGGUAUAUAAACGGUUUCCCCGCUUCCACCCCCGCACACUCGCAAGUACCUGCUCUCCUCGUCUCUCUACCUUUAUAUACCCGUAGAACGUCGCUGCUGUGUCACCUCACUGAGUCUCCUGCUUCUUCGUUACCCUCGAUCACCGUAGAACACGACAGGACCAAAACCACCUUCGACUCCAACAUCUCGAAAAGGAAACACGAUACCAAAGAGAAAAUCUUCGACAUUGUCCGCGCUCUUUUCCCUUUUUGCGAUCACCCCCUGCUCGCCACCGUCAUGUGCCACGUCGCCACUCCCACUUCCACUCCCACCGCCAUCGCGAUGCCCCCGCAGGUGCUGUCCCCGACAUCGAUGUCAUCGCACAGCGUGACGCCGCUGCGGUGCCCCACCGAGUUGCAGUUCUACACCCCCAGCAGCACGAACCUGUUUGUCCGCUACCUCCACGGCGAGGUGGACGACAGCCGCCUGCGCGAGAUCUUCUCCGCCUAUGGACGCAUUACGUCCUCGAUGGUGAUGCGCGACAUCCACAGUGGGCAGAGCCUCGGCACCGCCUUCGUGCGCUUCUCGAAGCACCAGGAGGCACUGCGCGCGCUGUGCGAGGCCCACGGCAUGCCCCUCUUUGGCAAGAGCAUCUCGGUCCAGUGGGCGAAGCAGCAGCACGACGACACGCCCGCCGGGCAGGAGCGGCUGAAAAUGAACAAACUGUUCCUGCGCAACGUGCCGAUGGAUGUGUCGGAGCAGAGCCUGGUGGACCUGGUGGCCGGCUACGGUACGGUCAAGAAAGUGACGAUGCACAACGACACGGCGCCGAUCAUGGACAUCAACGCGCGUCGCCGCAUUGCCUUCAUCACCUUCGCGGAGGAAGGCGCCGCCGAGUGUGCGUUGCGGGCAGUGCACAACACCUGCCCCUUCCCGCUGUGUUGCGGGGUGCCGCUGAUGUGCAAGCUGAUCAACGACGCCAUCAAGUCGAAGAAGCAUCGCGUGCGCAGUGACAGCGCGGGCAGUCAGUCCAACGAGGCGAGCUCCGUGGCGAUGAUGACGCCUGCUGUGGUGGUGCCGACCGUGGCUUCGACGGACGUGUCGACGCCGGCCUUCACGCGAGCUGCGCUGCGUGAAGGCAACCUGUGCAAGCUCUCUCUCGAGUCCCUCACCACGGCUCGCUCCUCGCCGUUCGUCUCGGGGGCGGAUGAAUCCAUGUCAACGACGCCCAGCCGCUCCUACGGUGCCUCGCAGUGGGACAUCGCCCCGGCCGUCUCCACGCCCGUUGGCGCCUUCGCCGGUUUUAUUCCGAUGCCGGUCGGGACGCCGUCCUCCACAUCCUCGCGGCGCGGAAGCCUGAAUGAAGCGACACAAGGCUCGCGGUUCUGCCACAACCCAUAUUCCAUGGGCGGCGAGAAGAUCUUCGUGUGA